AUGGAAAAACACGAUGAAAUCAAUAAUAAGAACGUGUCUCAGAGUUUGGUGGCCGAUUACGGCACAUCAGACUCUGAAUCAGAGGAAGCAGGGAGUCGGCCGCAAGGACAAAUUAUCAAUGAUGACUCUGAUAACACGGAACUUAGUGAAAUGGUGUUAAAAAAUAACAUUAUAAAUGCUUGCGCUCAUGGUCCAUUAUCUACAGCAUCAGCUAGGAAAGAUGUUGAGAUUACUAGACAUAUGAUAAUAGAUAAUUCUGAGAGUGGUGUGGUGGAAUAUGAGGUAACAGAAUAUAGAGAUUUCGAACUUCAAGAUAGUGACUCGAGUUCAAGUGAUGAAGGCUCGGUGGAAUCAGUGGAAAGUAUCGACGAUCUCUUUAGCGGGGAUGAGAAUGGUGGCGAGAAAAUAGGAAAAGUGGAGCCUAUAAAAGUACAUGGUGAAUUAGGGCUGGAUGAUCUACCACCAAUUGAAGAUCUUGUUAUUAGCUUGGAUUCCAAAGACACCACUAAGAUAGGAGUCAUCACAAGUAUUGUUGACCGAUUAGUGGUAGUUCGCGCAUAUCCCGCGACUCCAGCUCUCGAUUUAGACACCAUAUUGUUCCUUGAAAGUGGACGUAAAGCAUUGGGUAAGGUGUUCGAUGUAUUUGGGCCGGUGACCGAACCGAACUACUGCGUCAGGUUCAAUUCGCAGGAUCACGUGAAGCAGCGGGGCAUCGAACCGGGCAUGGAGGUGUACAUAGCGCCGGGCACCUCCUGCCUAACUAAAUACGUCUUCCUCACGGAGCUGAUGAAAGCGAAGGGUUCGGACGCGUCGUGGCUGUACGACGUGGAGCCGCCGCCGAACCACGUCGACUACUCGGACGACGAGGAAGAGCGGCGCGCGAAUAAAUCGAGGCGCGAGCAGAGCAGGCAGGGGAAGGAGGCGACGGAAGGGGGCGAGACGUCGAGGCAGCAGGCCAGGAAGGAGGCCGGCAGGGGGCAGAGGCCCUGCGAGUCGAGCAGCCGCUUUGGCGGCGGGCCGAGCAGGGGACGGAACCCAUUCGUGGCGGCCAGACGCAGCUGCCACAACCCCGCCGCGAGGUUCGUCAACCCGUGGACCCCGCAAGAGAUACGGACACCGUCAGCCAUCGACCACUCGGCACAUUCGCCGUUUGCGCCGUACAGCCAAGCCAGAAUGCGCGUGCCCCCCUUCAACCCCGCCACGCCGCCCCCCUUCAUGGCCAACGCAUACCAGUUCGGCGUGAACCCCACAAUCCGAGGACCCAUGCACCCGAUGAACGUCCUACCCUACAGGAACGGCCCGAUAUUCGGGGCCGGCUACAACGGACCUCAGAUGCAGUGGGUCGCAAGGCCCCCACCGCCCCCCGGCAGU